GCGUUUGUAACGUUGAGCGUGAGUGGAAGAAGAAGGCUGGAUGUAUGUGUUAGUAUAUAACAGGAAAGGGUGGAGAGAUUUUGAUAAUUUCUGAAAGGAACAUAAUCCACCCCCCACUUGCUCUCUCCCUCCCUGCCACCUCCCUCUCAUUCUCUCCCUCUCCGUCUCCCUCUCCCUCUCUCUCUCUCUCUGAGUCCCAGCCCCUGAAGGUGUCAUAACUGUGCUCUCUCUCUCCCUCACUCACUCACUCUCUAUCACCGCCUUUCAGAUCUUUAAAAGCUGGUGCUUUGCUGUGUCUCUCUCGAUCUCCAUUUGUCUCCUCUGGCACUGCAGGGGACUCAACCGGCAAAGCACCAAGGAACAGCUACUGUAUAGAAACGGGAAGAAGACUGAGGAAAGGGGAGAGAAAGGGAGAGAGAGUGAGGGAGAAAUAUACAUCCAGAAAUAGCAUCAGCCACAUUUAACUGACAGAGAGGGACAGAGUGGAGAACCUGAGACCUGGACAGAAAAUGCCUAUCCUUUCUAACUUAACAACCGUUGUUUUGUUGCUGAUUGCUCACUGCGGAUCAUGGACCGGGGCAAACCGCUUGGGCCCCUUCAAGGUCUGUCCCUCCUGCAGGGAUCCACUGGGGGCAGGUCGGCCCCCCAGGGACCAUAAUGCUGCCGGCAGCACGUCAGUGUUGGCCCAGGGAGAGCCCUGUGGUGUGUACACCCUGAGCUGUGCCAAGGGGCUCCGCUGUGUUCCCCCACCAAGGGAGCACAGCCCCCUCCAGGCUCUGUUGCAGGGAAGGGGCAUUUGCGCCAAGCACAGCAGGACUAGUCCCACUGAGAGGCCCCACCCCACAGGUCCCCAUCCCUCACACAGUGGUGACAUUGAAAAAGCACCCUGCCGCAAGCUGCUCAAUAGUGUCCUGAGGGGUCUGGAGCUGACAAUCUUCCAGUCUGACCGUGACAUCUAUAUACCCAACUGUGACACUCGUGGCUUCUACAGGAAAAAGCAGUGCCGCUCCUCCAAGGGCAUGCAGCGUGGCCACUGCUGGUGCGUGGAUGAACUCGGCACGCCCGUGCCCUCACGUGCCAGCGAAGAUGGUACUUUACCAUGCGAUGGGGAGUGAGGGAUGAGUCUGUCCUAUUGCUCUGAGCCUGGAGGAAGAGGAGAAGGUGGUGGAGGAGGAAGAGGAGGAGGUAAUGGAGGAGCAGGAGCACAGGGAGAGGGGGUGGCUUUAGCAUGUGCUAGACACUGCCUGGACAGGAGGUAGCAGGGAUAAACCACUUCCUAUGGAAAACACACACCAGUUAACGUUCAUGUCCUCUCUAGAAGCAAGACACACACACUCUCACAGUCCAGCAGCAGCAACAAUAACAUCUGCCUGAAUGUUCAACAGUUGCAGCAACGUCCUCUGCGUCGUCCAGUGACAUGCUGCAUGCUCACAUUAAUGCUCCGUGAACUGCCUCAGUGAUCCAAGCGGUAUUACUCCGAAUGAUCUCUAUAUUCCCUGGCUCUUGUCCCGGCUUUCUGGUAGAAUUUUAUUUUCCUUUUUACUUUAGGAUAGCUGACACUGCCUGUGUUUGUUCUGAUCUCAGUGGGCUGAAAUACUGUUACGCAGGUGAUGUGACACAAAUGUUUGAAAAAUGUGUCUCCCUCACCGUCCUCUCUCCCUCUCUCCAAAGAUACACUGAUAUCAACAUACCUAAUUGACAGAAUAUUUCUUUUUCUAUUAAUUUAUUUUUGAGUAUGUGUUUCCAUCAAGUACUGCUUGAAUCUUACAGUAUCUUAUAUAUAUGUCAAGUCAGAAAAAAUAGUCAUACAGAUAUGAUCCUGGAUGCUUCUGUUCAUUUUAUUCGUCAAAAUGGCGUUCUGACUGCUUAUUAGUUGAUUGUUUGUACAUAUGUUGGAAUUUUGUGGUCGACUGUGUGUUCUGAAGUGGCAGACAAAAAGCUUACGGCUGUUACCCUUUUCAAAAAGUUGUAAGGCAUAUUUUUAUACACGUCAAUAUAAUAUUUUAUAUAUGAAUUGUUGGUUUAUUUAAUGAACUACAGUACAAUGCCAUGUAUUUUUAUAUUGUCAGCAGUUUCUUAUUUAAAGACAGAGAUUAUUUUAUUUCAUGUUAGGGAGAAGUGUUGUGCUCUAAAGGCACCUUUAUGGCAAAACUCAUCACACUCAUCAGAGCUCUAUUCAACUGCUGCACAUCUUAUGGUUAUAUCUCAUGUUUUUAAGUUCCUUUUUAUUUAUGCUUUGUUUAUUUGAGAAUUGAGAAUGUCCAUGUUACUAUUAUGUUUUAUUUUUUUGGCACAUCAUACUACAAAUUCUGAUUUCAGUAGAGGAAAAAAAAGAUCAAAUUUGUUAUUGUUAUGUCUUUCCCAAGUCCUUGCAAAAGUCAUGAAAUUGUGUGCUAUUAAAGUGUGAUUAGAAUUUAUCUAUUUCUGAACAAUCUUGUUGUGCCAAUGUGUGUGCCGUGAUGAUAGGUCCAUGCACAGAGGACCUGUAAGAUUUGCAAAUAUGAAAAUAAAACAUAAUGAUAAUAAAAAUGGAGAAGAA